AAAACACAGAUAUCUGAUGUAAUUGCCUUAAGUUCGUUGAAUUUCUAGAAUUCUGUCUUAUCUCCCUCCGCCUUCCACUUUCUUCCGUUCCCAUAUCGGAUUUCUGUGUACCCUUAUCUUGCCUGAGAUUUCAUCACCGACCCGUAUAUAAACCCAACCUCUACUUUUCUCCGCAAAUAAAAAUAUCAAAACACCAUCUUUAAUAUUCGGAACCUUUUACUUUUCUAUAAUCUUGCAAAUCAGGAAGAACUUUCUUUCUCCAUUGCAAAUAAAGAACCAAGAAAGUCUGUUUUUUUUUUUUUUUUGUUUCAAGGAAGUUUCAACUUUGUGGGUUUGGUUUAAAUAAUGUUGCAGCUUUUCUUUACAGUGGCUUUCUCUGCAGUGCCUUUGACUCUGUAUGUGCCGCCAGUAAGGAGCUUGAAUCUGUUUGUGGAGACUAUGGAAGAUCUAUUCAGAGAGUCGAGAGCAUAUACUAAUAGAAUCUAUCCGCGUGCAAGGCACGUGUGGUCUAGGCUCUUGGAUCUCUUGCUUUGCAAUUUGAGGUUAGAUUAGAGGAUGUUUCCUUAUUGUACAUUCUUUUUUCUUUCUUUUAUUUAAAUUUCUUGGGUCAUCAAUGGAUAUCUGUGUCUAAGGAGCUUGUUUUUGUUGGCUAUGUUUCUUGUUACUGCGGAAAUAUGUUCUAUAGAAAAAAUCUGUGAGCUCUUUGAGGAUGUUGUUCUAUUAAUAAAGGUUGCUCUCUCAUUACUCUCUC